AUGCUGCUCGAUCCAGGACCCCGCCUCACACAACCCACGACCGAUGCGCCACCUUUCUAUGAAACUAAUGUCCUUCAUUCCAUCGUUGCGGGUAACCAAACGAUCAAGCCGGAGAUCCAGGCCAAGAUACACAAAGGCUUCUUUCUCGUCGAUGAUAAAUGGACCUGCUACCGGCGCAACUACUUUUCUGUCUCAUGUUCCUUCUCCUUGCAUCCGUGGACCCAUGCCCCUCUUUACCUCAAGUUUUCCGAUCAAAGCACUGAACGCAUCUUGGCCUUUUCCAUGUCCAUCUCGGCGAUUGUCAACGAACAACAUGGAGAGAUCAGGGAAUUGGUUCAACACACACCCAAACGCGAUAAACAGUCAGAGAGGAAACCAGCCAAGGUCAUCUUACAACCAUGCCAAGCACCGCCUCUGGUCUUGGGUCAUAGUACAGCGUCCAACGCCGCCCAGCAUGGGUUUUCCUUGAGCUCAGCCACGGCAUUGGGGCUCGACUACAACACCUCGUACAGCGCGCCCCCACCCACGCAGCCCCCGACUCAACACACCUUUGAGCGGAUCCAAUUCCAAAAGGCUACCGCCAACAAUGGCAAGCGUCGGGCGCAGCAGCAAUAUUACAAUCUGGUGGUCGAGCUCUAUGCGGAAAUUGCCAAUCCCGUCGGCGGGUCGGAAACCCAAUGGAUCAAAAUCGCCCGAAGGCCGUCUCAUCCAAUGGUCGUCCGUGGUCGCUCGCCGGGCCAUUACAAAGAUAGCCGGCGCGAUAGUUCGACGAGCAUGGGGCCCGAUGGGAGCAAUGGGGGCUCCGGCGAUGGCAGCGGUGGCACUGUCCUACCCCCCGGCAUCGGGCCUGCUGCACGGUCUCACUUGACCCUGAUGUCGUACGACUCGUCGCACCGCGGCGGGCCUCACUAUGGUCGGCCAGAUUACCAUCAAAUGACAGCGUCGGACCAGUCCUCCAUGAGCGAGAGUCCGCAUGUAUCGUCAUCGUCGUCCUCCACCUUUGAUAUUAGCGUUCUCAAUGACUCGAUGGACCCGAUGGAUUCCAUUAAGCCGUCGCCCAGUAUGGAAUCAUACCAGGAUGCCGGGUUCGGGAUGAUGGAAGACAGGAAAGCCAGCCAUCAGUAUCGCGGUCCACUGCACCAGUUCGAGUACGAUGCUGUUUCCAAAGACGCGGAGCAACACAACACCAGCUUUCCUGAGCAAUUCGAUUCGAUGAUUAACAUGAUCCCCACCGAACAAAGGGAUUCGCAUUUUCUGAAACAGCCCUCUCGAAUCCCUGGCAUGUAUCAUUCUGGCCCGGGUGGCUACGAUCCGGUCUACUCCACUCGCGGCGAGGAUGGUCGGUUCCCGAGCUCCCAAAGCCUGUGUGCUUGA